AUAAAAUGUCCGCAAAAACUGAAGAGAACUCUGUUCUAACAAAAACUUCAAAUCAGCAGCCCCAAAACCACAAAAAUCCUUUUGUAAAUGUAUCCUCCAGCCUCAAAAGCAAAACUUCGCAGGAAGGAAAAUGCCAAUUCACCUUAGGAAAGAAGCUGCAGGACUUCAUGAAGAAUACAAAGAAGAAAAUUGAAGCCAAGUGCUUAGAUAUUCCUGAACAAAAUAAGAUACAAGGUCGGGCAGUUUAUAAGGCCAAGAGACUCGUCAGGACGAAACACAAAAACCAACAGCCAGAAGAAACUAAAGGCAGGUUUAGGCUAAUAAAACCGUUAAAUAAACCCGAAGAAAAAUAUACUAAAGAUACAAAGAAGAAGCUUGAGGUUACUGAGAAGUCUGAUGAAGAAUUGAAAAGACAACCUGAGAAAAUAUCAGUGAGAGGGAAAUAUUUACCUGAUCUGGGUAAAAUAUGCGUAGAUCCUUUUUGAUCCAAACCCGAUUCAGAGCAUACUGAAGACUCUAGAUGCGUUAGGACAGCUCCUAAAGAGCUUACAAACAAGCAUAAAGAACCUUUAACCCCAAUAAACACCCCUGAUCUUCCUCCAGACUCUCUUUCCAACUCUCCCACAACUUCUAAAGCUAAAAUUCCCACCCCAUCACUCCCAACUAAACAGCCCCAAGCAAAUGACCCCUCUCUCCACUCUACAGUCUCAUUCUUCCCUAAAAAUGCCCUCCCAGGUCCUAACCCACCUCGCUAAAGUCUCCUAAUCCGUAAUUCU